GAGGACCUUCGUGUAGAUGGUCGUGGCUGUGAAGACUACAGAUGUGCAGAAGUAGAAACAGAUGUUGUAUCAAACACAAGUGGAUCUGCAAGAGUAAAGCUGGGGCACACUGAUAUCUUGGUAGGUGUAAAAGCUGAAAUGGGGACACCGAAGUUAGAGAAACCAGAUGAAGGUUACCUGGAAUUCUUUGUUGACUGUUCUGCAAAUGCUACUCCUGAAUUUGAAGGCCGGGGAGGAGAAGAACUUGGCACAGAGAUAGCAAAUACUCUCUACAGAGUAUUUAGCAGCGAGAGCAGUGUAGACUUGAAAUCACUUUGUAUUAAUCCCAGAGAGCACUGCUGGGUUCUCUAUGUUGAUGUAUUGUUACUGGAAUGUGGUGGGAACCUCUUUGAUGCAAUUUCUAUUGCAGUGAAGGCAGCUCUCUUUAACACAAGAAUACCCAAAGUGCGUGUUCUGGAGGAUGAAGAAGGCUCUAAAGAGAUUGAGCUGUCUGAUGACCCUUAUGAUUGUAUUCGACUUAAUGUGGAUGAUGUACCCUGCAUCGUCACACUAAGCAAAAUUGGAUAUAGGCAUGUAGUGGAUGCUACCCUUCAGGAAGAAGCCUGCUCUUUGGCCAGCCUGCUUAUUUCUGUGACCAGUAAAGGUGCCCUCACUUCUAUGAAGAAAGUGGGAAAAGGUAGCCUGGAUCCUGAGAGUAUUUUUGAAAUGAUGGAGACGGGCAAAAGAGUAGGCAAGUCACUGCACAUAGCCCUUCAGAAGAUUUUGGAUGAAGAGGAGAGUUUGGGGACCUCACGACAGAAAGUUGGAUUUCUAGGAUGAGUUUUUUAAUAAAUAUUCAAAACUGGUUUUA